UCUUCCGGAACGUAAUCGUCGCCGGACACACAUUUUGUUUACAUCCUUGUUUCCGGUGUGACCGACGUACAGUCAUGUCGUUUAUGCUUUUCGCGACUAACUUUGUGUUUGCGUGGACGAGCUUUUAUUAAAUUAUGGCGGACACGGUGGCUGAAGCGCCACCGAAGGAUGAAGAAGAGGGAGAUCUCAAAAGCAUGGUCGCUUAUGAAGAUGCGGAGGAAGAUGUGGAGAGUCUCCCUCACUCAGAAAUUCUGGAUAUAUUUGAAGAAGGACUCGCCCGACUUGUCCAGAAUCCUCUACUGUGUGACCUACCCAUUCAGGUGACUCUGGAGGAGGUGAACUCUCAGAUUGCUCUGGAGUACGGUCAGGCCAUGACAGUCAGAGUGUUGAGGGCCGAUGGCGACGUCAUGCCCAUCGUCGUGGUCCAGAACGCUUCACUGCUGGAUCUGAAAAAGGCCAUUCGCAGGUUCAUGGAGCUGAAACAGCAGCGGGAGGGUGGAGUCAAGCACAUCAGCUGGAGAUACAUUUGGAGAACUUAUAGUUUGGUGUUCCAAGGGGAGAAGCUGGACGAUGACAAGAUGAAGCUGAAAGACUAUGGGAUCAGGAACAGGGAUGAAGUGACGUUUGUGAAGAAGCUGAGGAGGAAGUGAGAGAGUAGUGGAUGAGCGCCACCUACUGGACACAAAGUGAGAGUGAAGAAAAACUGACAUGUACAUACUAAAAACUUGAAAUCAAUCCUUUCUUUUCUGGUGUAUGUUUGAUAUUUUUGACAAUAUUUUGUGAUUUUUAAAACCAUUAGUUGUUCAAAGCUUGACAAUAAAAAUCUGUUUCCAACCACUGUAGGUUGAAGUGUGCGUGUGUUCGCGUCCGUUUGUUUCAUGUCACGUGAAAUGCUGAUGUUACUAGUUUCGGAUGUUUUGUGAUGCCACAACGCAUCUCAAUUUUAACAUUUUCAUGACCUAUCAGUCCUCAUUUCGGAAUGUAGGUCGUUUCUUAGAUGUAGUUGACGUGUCAUUGUCGUUCCUACAGUAUUUCUCGAGUGUCACACAAUGGUCAGGACUGUGAUGAUUCUUGGAAAACAUAGGCUUAAGAUAAACACAAUUUGCAGUGUGCAUUUAUUAAAGAACCUAAAUGAUACAGUUCAUGUUACAAAAUUGGUGCAGUAAAAAAAA